UCCCCCUCCUUCAGCAGGCACCCCCAGCAAGCCAUGCGGAUCCGUCGGCCCUCGUGGCACCGGCGGGAGAUGUGAAGGGCAUGGGACUACCCGGAGAGGGCGCGGGGGCUGCCCUGGGGUCAUGGUGCCACAGGAGGCCACGAUGCUCCUGGCUCAGCUCCUCCUCAUGAACCACUUCCUCGCCGGCUUCUCUCACCUCCCCGCCGACCAGCCGCUCUUCCAGGACAUCAAUGGCAUCAACAGCAUCGAGGUGGACGCGGGAUGCCCCUACGGCUGCGUCCGGUGCUCGGCCCUCAACGGGUGCCUGGCCUGCAAGCCGCCCUUCUACCUUCUCCUGCGCAGGGACGGGGCGCGGCAGACGGCCUCCUGCACGAGAGCCUGUCCCAGGGGCUUCUACAAGGUGACCAAGAAGAGGAACGGAUUCUGCGCCAGUGAGUUGUCCGGUGGUUAG